AUGCACCGCCAGAUCGCCUCUCCAACCCCGGAGAACCUGGCGGCUCUCGGAUCCGGCUAUGACAUCCUCACACCCCCUUCAGACCUCUCCUUGACGGAUUCACCUCCAGAUCUCUCCCCUUCAGAAUCGUCCCACGACGAUGAUGAGAACCCCAUCCCUAGCUUGGUCCUCCCGUUAGAGGACUCCAACAUAAUCCCCUCAGAUCUCUAUAACUUGGCGUCCGUGAUGAGGGAUCGAUUCUUUCAACAUAUCGGCAUGCCGACCGCAGCCAGUGAUGAUCUCUUACCUCAGGAAUCAUUGGUAGAGCUUAUUACAGACUUUUUGGACUUCAAAUCAAAGCUUCUGCUUAGUUGGCCCGGUGCCGAUAGAAUGUCCAGGCAGAGACUUCUCAGAGCCCUUCUUGACCAUCUAGAGCGAAACGUCCUUGCAGAUGACAUCCACACCAUUGCUGCAAGAUCAUCCGACGACCCUGAGCGACCUGCCAAAACCAUUCGAUCAUACUACGCUGCCUGUCAUGCCGCUGGUCGACCCAUCUCCCAGCGUCAGUCCGCUCUGCAGAAUUCUGUUUCUGCUGGGGACUCAAAAUUGUAUGCAGUCCUUGGUGGUCAGGGAAUCACCACCGCAUACUUAGAUGAGCUGCGUGAAAUCUAUACCACCUAUCACAGUUUCUUGGUCGACUAUGUCGAGACCAUGGGAGAGUUCUUGAAAUCUCUCGCAUCCCAGUCAGAUGUGUCGCAAUAUUAUCCAGAUGGUCUGGAUAUUCUCAAAUGGCUGCGACACCCUGAAACAACACCAGAUGUAAGCUACCUUGCUUCAUCCCGAGUCAGCUUUCCGAUAAUCGGUGUCCUCCAACUUGCACAAUAUAUGGUCAGCGUUAAGGUUUUAGGCCAAAGCCCCUCAACUUUCCUUCAGACACUUAGCGGCAUCGCUGGCCACUCUCAGGGGUUGGUAGUCGCUACAGUCAUUGCUGGCGCAACCUCCUGGCCGUCAUUCAUUGACCUGAGUCGUUCAGCCGUCGAGAUCCUGUUUUCCAUUGGUGUUGUCAGCCAGCAGGUCUAUCCCGAGACAUCGCCGGACCCAAAUGUCGUCUCUGAUUCUGUCGCCAAUGAUGAAGGCGUUCCAUCCUCCAUGCUCAGCAUCCGUGGCAUCUCUGAAGCUCAAGUCCAGGAGCACGUAGAUGUGUCCAACAAAUAUCUCCCAGAAGAUAGGAAAAUCGCCAUUGCUCUAGCAAAUGGUCCACGUAAUUUUGUUGUUGCUGGMCCUGCCACAUCAUUAUGUGGACUCAACGCACGGUUAAGACGAUUCAAAGUGUCUGCGGAAGUUGACCAGAACCGGAUACCAUUCAAGGAGCGAAAAACGACUCUUACGAACAUUUUCCUCCCUAUCAGUGUGCCUUUCCAUACCAACUAUCUUUUGCCUGCGAUUCCUAUCUUGAGAAGACGUCUUGGCCAUAUCUUCAUACCCAGUAACAGUCUGCAAAUUCCGGUAUACGACACAAAUACUGGCGAGGAUCUUAGUACUUUGGGUGGUGAGAAUCUGCUUGAUAAGAUAGUAUACCAGAUUACAGUCGCUCCUGUUCGCUGGCUUAAAUGCUCGACUUUGCCAUCAGCUACUCAUAUCAUUGACUUCGGCCCUGGAGGCAGUUCCGGCAUUGGCGUCGUUACCAGCAACAACAAGCAAGGCACUGGUGUUCGUGUUAUCAUGGCAGGUGCUUUGACUGGAAAAUCUUCGGAUGUUGGUUACAAGUCUGAAAUUUUCAGCAGAAACAAAUAUUCCCUUGUUCACAUUAAGACCAGAAUGAGCAAGCUCCUACACAUGCCACCUAUUAUGGUUGCUGGUAUGACACCAACUACUGUAUCCUGGAGAUUCGUUGCAGCCACCAUCAACGCUGGAUAUCACAUUGAGUUAGCUGGUGGAGGCUACCGUAACGAAGCCGACAUGACAGUUGCAAUCAACAACAUUCAGGCUUCUAUUCCACCUGGACGUGGAGUUACUGUCAACAUUAUCUAUGUCGAUCCUCGUACCGUAGCAUGGCAAAUCCCAUUCUUGGAAAAACUUCAUACCGAAGGAACGCCCAUUGAUGGUCUGACCAUUGGAGCUGGAGUGCCAUCGGUCGAAAUUGCUCAGAAGUACAUCAGCGAUCUUGGAUUGAGACAUAUUGCAUUCAAGCCCAGUUCGGUCAAAACAAUCAAGCAAGUCAUCAGCAUUGCGAAAGCAAAUCCAAGUUUUCCCAUUAUUCUACAGUGGACUGGUGGUCGAGCCGGAGGUCACCAUUCUUUUGAAGACUUCCACUCACCAAUUUUGGAAGUAUAUGGCCAGAUUCGUGACUGCGAAAAUAUUAUUCUCGUCGCUGGUAGUGGCUUUGGCUCAGCUGUCGAUGCUUAUCCAUACUUUACUGGAGCAUGGUCCAAAGCUUUUGGCUAUCCUCUAAUGCCCUUCGACGGUGUCUUACUAGGUAGCCGCAUGAUGACUGCCAAGGAAGCCGCCACGAGCGCUGGUGCCAAACAGAAGAUCGUCGAGACUGACGGUCUUACUGAUAGUCAAUGGGAAAAGACAAUGAAAGGAGCUGCAGGAGGCGUGAUCACUGUCAUCUCAGAGAUGGGAGAGCCAAUUCACGUUCUUGCAACUCGCGGUAUGAAGUUCUGGGCCGAAAUGGACACUUUCUUCAAGAUGGGCAAGGACCAGAUGAUUGCCGAGCUACAAAAGAAGAGUAGCUACAUCAUCAAAAAGCUCAACGACGACUUUCAAAAACCUUGGUUCGGUAAGAAUGCGGCUGGCGAGGCUGUGCAACUAAAGGAGAUGACUUAUCACGAAGUACUUCUCCGAAUGGUCGAGCUGAUGUUCAUCAGUGCCAGGGGCGUAUGGAUCGAUAAGUCAUUGCAGACCAUGACAGGUGACUUUAUCCGUCGGGUUGAGGAAAGAUUCGCAUCCAAGACUGGCAGUGGAUUUGUUCUUUCAGACUAUGCCGACCUGGAAUCCCCUCAAGCUGUGCUGGACACCCUUGUAAAGACUUACCCCGAUAUAGAAGACCAUAUUAUUACUCCUUUGGAUGUUCAGUUCUUCUUGUCGCUUUGUCUCCGCCCAGGCAAGAAGCCAGUUCCUUUUGUUCCGGUUCUCGAUGAGCACUUGUCAUUCUACUUCAAAAAGGAUUCGCUAUGGCAGUCAGAGAACCUGUGGGCUGUUGUUGGUAAUGAUGCGGAUCGUACUCAGAUUUUGCACGGACCGGUAGCAGCUCAGCACUCGACCAAAUACGAUGAGCCUGUCCAGGACAUCCUUGACGGCAUUAAGAACGGUCUUGUUUCCUCAUUACUCAAAGAUGCUUAUAAUGGAGAGACCAGAAAUGUUCCAGUUGAGAAGUCUCUAUUGGACAUACCCCCUGCAGCUCCUUGGUCUGAUUCUGAAGGCAUUGUCUCUAUUACCGAGUCUCCGGAGUCGGUCGUCUACGAAAUAUCUUCGUCAGGUGAUGAUCUACCUUCACCAAGUUCGUGGUUCAGCUUGAUCGCGGGUGAUCAGUAUACAUGGCGUUAUGCGCUCCUCAGCUCAGAGACUGUCAUUUCCGGCACAAAACGGUUGCCAAACCCUAUUCGCAAAGUCUGCACACCUCACAGCAACCUUCGAGUCACUGUUGAAAACCCUGGAGAGCCUUCGAGAAUGACCGUCACCAUUCAGGCUGCUUCAGAACUGGAGGCGACCGGCGCCAUGGUGAAGAUCAGGUCGCAGGGAAAUCAGAACAUAGUUGUUGAUUGCAUAUUGAGUCCAACAACUACUCAUGUAUCCCCAAACUUGCGCCUAGCAUACUCAUACCACCCUGAAGCAGUAUACGCGCCCAUUCGCGAGGUUUCAGAUGGCUUGAUUGACGAAGUUUCUGAAUUCUACCGCAGUCUUUGGUUCGGCAGCCAACAACUCGACUUUGAUGCACAACCCACGCAAGACUUCUCGGGAGAAACCAUUACCAUUACUCGCGAGGCGAUUAGCUCUUUUCUCCAAGCUACCGGCAGCAGUUCCGAGACAUAUCUUACCCGCGCCAACCAGGAACUGCCUGCCCCGUUGGACUUUGGUAUUGUCAUUGCUUGGAAAGCUCUUCUCAAACCAAUUUUCUUGAGAAAAAUUGGUGGGAAUAUUCUCAAGCUUGUGCACCUCUCCAACAAGUUCAAGCGCGUGGAUGGAGUAGCUACUUUGAGAGCUGGCGACACAGUCUCAACUUCUUCUCGCAUCACAGCAGUCCGCAUUCAGGAUGCUGGUAAAGCGGUUGAGGUACAGGCAGUCAUUACCAAGGACGGCCGACCUGUGAUGGAAGUUGUUUCGUCAUUCUUGUACCGCGGAAAGUACACCGACUUUGAAACAACUUUUGAACGCAAAAUUGAAGCUCCUAUGGAAGUUCAAUUGAUUUCCCGAAAGGACGUUGCAAUCCUCAGAUCCAAAGCUUGGUUCCAAUUCACCAAGCUGGACUCUGAACUCUUGGGUAAGACCUUGAUCUUCCGACUUGAGACCAGAACGCAAGUCAAGACUACCGAGACUUCUGGUAUUGUUUUUGAAAAGCAUGGUACAGAUGGUGAAAGCCCAAUCGCCUCAAUUUGCUAUACCUCUGCAUCUUCAGUCAAUCCAAUUUUGCGCUAUCUCAAUACUCAUGGACACGAAGUCGAAGGUCCUGUCUCACUUCAAAACGCCAUACCAAUUCAUGGUGCUAGUCCAAUUGAACUUAAGCGACCGAUGUCUAGCGCUGCUUAUGCAAAGGUCUCUGGAGAUUUCAAUCCUAUCCAUGUUUCAAACACCUUUGCUAUGUUGGCUGGUUUGCCUGGUCCGAUCGUUCAUGGUAUGCAUACAAGCUCUGCCGUUGGAUCGCUGCUUGAAACUUGGACUGCCAAGGGCCGCCUAGGCGCAGUGCGCAGCUUUGAAGCUUCUUUUGUUGGCAUGGUUCUUCCUGAGGAUCAGGUUGAAGUCGAGUUUUGGCAUACAGCUAUGAACAAGGGCCGCAAAGUGAUCAAGAUCACUGCCAAAAAGACAGAGAGUGGAGAGAUGGUACUGAAGGGUGAAGCUGAGGUGGAACAGCAGAAAUCUGCCUACUUGUUUACCGGUCAGGGUUCACAGGAGCAGAACAUGGGCAUGGACCUUUAUGCAAGUAGUCCUGUUGCUCGGGCUGUGUGGGAUAUUGCCGACAAAUUUUACUUGAAGACUUAUGGGUUCGAGAUUACAAAGAUUGUCAGAGAGAAUCCCAAAGAAUUGACCAUUCAUUUUGGAGGGGUCAAUGGUAGACGCAUUCGACAGAACUACCUUGCGUUGACUCUGCAAACUACUGGUGAUGACGGACAGCCAAUCUUGGAGAAAGUCUUCAAAGAUAUCGACGAGGACACAGAGUUCUAUACUUUCCGCUCGCCGAAGGGUGUUCUUUUUGCAACUCAGUUUACUCAAGCGGCUAUCACACUAGUGGAACUUGCCCGAUACAAGGAUAUGGAAUCACGAGGUCUUAUUCCGGAGACUUGCAACUUUGCGGGUCACUCCCUUGGAGAAUACCCGGCCCUCGCAGCAUUCACACAAUUUAUGUCGAUCGAGCAAUUAGUAGCAGUUUGCUUCUAUCGUGGUAUGGCCAUGCAAGUUACAGUCAAACGUGACGAGAAUGGAGCUUCAGACUACUCCUUGUGUGCUGUCAACCCGAGUCGUGUUUCGAAGACUUUCAACGAAAACAUGCUACGCUUCAUUACAAAGACGAUCGCACAAGAGACUGGCUGGCUUCUGGAGAUUGUGAACUUCAACAUCUCAAACAGACAGUAUGUCUGUGCAGGAGAGCUCAUUGCACUUGAUAGUCUUCGAAAAAUCCUUGACCGCAUCACGAAAGGACUGAAAGUUGAGUGGAUCAAUCGACCUGGAAGUGGCGCAGAGGAUGAGAUCAAAUUCAUGUCGACUCUCCAUUCUAUCAUACAAGAGGCUCAACCCCGGGGAACAGUCAUCGAAUUGAAACGAGGAACAGGAUACACACCUCUAGAAGGGAUUGACGUGCCAUUCCAUUCGACCUACCUGCGCCCAGGUGUUGAUACGUUCAGAAAAUUCCUCGCUUCCAAGAUUGAUCCGUCAAAUAUUGAUGUGAAGAAACUCGUCAAUAAAUGGAUACCCAACCUUACGGACGAGAACUGGUCGAAGACCACAGAUGCUGGGGAGAGAAGAAGGAUACAGAACAGACUGGCUCAAAGAAAUUACAGAAAUAACAUCAAACAACGCCUGCGUCAACUUGAGCUACUCAAUGCGGGAAAUCUCCCCCGGGAGGAGAAUAGUGAGGAUGAAGUCCUCCAGCAACACAAUACUAUGACCUACCCUGUAACACAGCCGCCAACAUCCAGGCCAGAUAACAAUUGCGCCUGGCUCUCGAAUCAAAAUGAGAUUUCGGUGACAGGCCACGCAGAGAUUCAGAUGGAUAUGACUUCACAAAUAGAGCCCAGUCAAUUUAUCUUUGGUUUAAACACACCUCACUCCAGCAAACUACCAUCUCCUCAAGCUCAACCUCCACAAUACAACUAUUUCGCCAAUCCCUCUCCACCUCAAGAACCUCAUGCAGCUCUUACUUUCGACCGUCAAACAUUUAACCAAGCUGCGCCUCUUACGGGGAUGCAGCCACAAUUUCAAAAUCGGCAUAUACCUACCGGUACCAAGCCUGAUCCCGCAACACAAUCUACUUUUAAUGUUGGUCUAGUACCAACGAGUAACGGUACAAAAAACAUUCCUCUACCGCAAUAUCCGGCAGCGCCGGCGAGCGGCACGCCCUUACACCACGCUGCCGCCAAUGGCCAUCUACACAUUGUUCGAUUUUUGGUAUUAAAAGGCGCAAACUUAACAGCUCGCAAUGAAGUUGGACAAACCGUUCUACAUCUUGCCGCGGAAAGGGGCCAUGAGAGCGUGAUAGAACAUGCCCUGAAUCACGGCAAUAAUGGAGACACAAAGGCAUUCAUCGACUGGGUCGAUGAUGAAGGCUAUACAGCACUACACCGAGCAGCGGCUGGCGGACACGAGGAGUGUGUACGUGUACUGGUCGAGGCGGGGGCUGAGAUUGAAAGCUCCAACAAAUCAGCGAUGCUGAUAUCAGCUUUAUUCAACAAUAAACAAGAAUAG